AUGGAGUGGCCUUCAGUGAGAUCUUUGCUAUGGGUUUUAGUACUUGUUGCUCACAUUCAUGAGAGCAAAGGUUGUAUUGAGGAAGAGAGGAUGAGUCUGCUAGAAUUGAAGGCCUUUUUGAAAUUCAGUACUAAUUAUAUCAAACCUCUUCUUCCAUCGUGGCUUAAUGAGGCGAAGAGUGAGUGUUGUGGUUGGGAGCGGGUAAUGUGUAACGCCACCACAGGCCACGUGAUUGAGCUCUACCUCUCCAAUAUAAACCAAGGAACUCAUGUCUAUUCUGAUAAUGAAUCUAAUUAUUAUCCAGAAAAUUGGUUCCUAAACGGGUCCUCGUUGCUGACUUUCAAGGAGCUAAGAAUUCUUGAUCUAUCUCAUAAUGGAAUUGGUGGUUGGCUAGGAAAUGAAGGUUCAAAAAGCUUGUCAAGAUUGGGGAACUUGGAGACAUUAAAUCUUGCUGACAACAGCUUCAACAAGAGCUUUAUCAAAUCAUUGAGUGCAAUCAAAGCCCUUAAGAACUUGAAUCUUAGUUGGAAUUGGCAGGGACUAAAAGGAUCCUUUCCUGCCCAAGAAUUAUCAGCUUUGGAAAACUUGGAGAACUUGGAUUUAAGUUCUAACCAACUUAAUGGCUCCAUAACAACCCAAGGUAAUAAAGAGUACCGUUGCAAUUUUUGA